GGGGCCGUGAAGCAUGACUCAGCAGAUAUGGGCUCCACCCUGUGCUGUGGGCACCUGGGCAGGGGCGGCUAUGUACUUAACUUGGGCAAUACACCCGAUGUUUUCUGUGUACUUUUGGAAUUAUGGAGUUCUCCAAAUAUUGGGGUAUUGACAUUUGAGAGGGGUACGAGAGGUGGCUGAAUCCAUGGUAUCAAUCAGAAUGUAACCAUUCGACACAGAAUGCAGCCACAAGUCAUGAUUUCACUUACCCCGCUGAAGCACUGAGGGGGAUAGCUUCAUGUAUAUUCUUGGCAUCCUGUGGCUCAGCAAUCAGUGAGAUCAUCCGGCAUUGGACGAGAUAAAUGCCGCAACAAGGAUAAGUAGCGCAAGAUACUCUGCAACCCAGCCCUGGAGGUAUAAAGAGGCACCGCGCAUAAUCCCAGCGCGUAUAUCUUACGAAUAAACACGGCAUACCAACAACCAUGUCCUCCAUCUCCUACUCCAACGCCCGACUAUCGCACUCAUACUCCUGCAAACCCCGCAAAACCCUCCGGUCACCAGACCGUGAUAUCGCCUUCCGCAACCAGUACAUAGCGCGCUCAAAAACAACCCUCGUUCUCAGACCAUUCGGCAGUCCCCACUCCGCCGUCGCAUAUAAGAUCACCGAAGAGGAUGGAACGCCACAGUUCACGGUGACCGGUCGCAAAUACACUGACCGCUCCUGUCGGGAGUUCCGUGAUGAUUCGGGUCUGCCUCUCUUCGAGCUGCAUCGGAAAUGGUCAUGGACGAAUAGUUGGUCGGUUAGCUUGCCCGGGUGUGAUACUGCGACGAUAGCUACUGGCGCCCCGCGAUGGACGCUGGGGAAUACUUCGUUUGGGAAUUUUGAUCUUUCGUUUGAGAAUGCGGCUGCUUUUGGGGGAAAACGCCGGGAUGAGAAAAUGCUUACUUUGCAUAUUGAACGGCAUGGGAAUGCGCUGGCGCUUUUUGAUGUUGUUGAUGGGGAUAGGAAGGUUGCUGAAGUCCGAGAGAGUAUCCAUCAUAAUGAGAAACUGGCUUUGAUGAGAGGCUCUAGGCAGGGGUAUCGACCUGCUAUGGAUGUCAUUGUAAUGCCUGGAGUGGAUAUUUCGUUGGUUGCGACAAUCGCUGUUAUUGUAUCCGACUGGGUUUUUGGUUCGAGUUGAUUAAGCUUUUUGUUCUUCACUUUUUUUGAAGUAUAAAUCAAGCAAAUCAAGCAAUUGCCAAGGUCUUUCCAGUUCUUGUGUCUGGCUUGGCGGGUAUCUGAGAAGUUGAUCUUCUCUAUCAACUUCAUUUUAGCCCAAUAUUCUAGUACAUUCCGUUGCUUUGCUGUGCAAACAAUACCAUACGUAUCACAGACUAUAAAAGAGUGAAAACCCC